GCGAGAGUUGCGUUUGCGCGCGAACUGUAAGUACGUGGGUCUUGGGGGUCACGUCUUGACUGGUCUCGGUGCAGACACCUGGUGUAGGCGACAAGCCCACCGGACCCAGCCACUUCCGUCACCCUGUCAUGGAGACCUCAGCGCACAAGCAGCAGCAGCAGCAGCAGCCCGAGGGGGGCAAGAUCAGGAACCUGCCCUGGGUUGAAAAAUACCGGCCACAGACACUGGAUGAUCUCAUUUCUCAUCAGGACAUCUUGAGUACCAUUCAGAAGUUUAUCAGUGAGGACCGCCUGCCGCACCUCCUUCUCUAUGGUCCUCCAGGGACGGGAAAGACAUCCACCAUCCUGGCCUGUGCUAAACAGCUGUACAAAGAUAAGGAAUUUGGCUCCAUGGUCUUGGAGCUGAAUGCUUCAGAUGACCGAGGAAUAGAUAUUGUUCGGGGACCAAUCCUGAGCUUUGCUAGCACGAGGACAAUAUUUAAGAAAGGCUUUAAACUAGUGAUCUUGGAUGAAGCUGAUGCCAUGACUCAGGACGCCCAGAACGCCUUGCGGAGAGUGAUUGAGAAAUUUACUGAAAAUACCAGAUUUUGCCUCAUCUGUAACUAUCUGUCAAAGAUCAUCCCCGCCUUGCAGUCCCGGUGUACAAGGUUCCGAUUUGGUCCCCUGACCCCUGAACUCAUGGUUCCCCGCCUGGAACAUGUCACAGAAGAAGAGAAAGUUGACAUAAGUGAAGAUGGGAUGAAAGCGCUCGUAACUCUUUCCAGUGGAGACAUGCGAAGGGCUCUGAACAUCUUGCAGAGCACCAACAUGGCCUUUGGGAAGGUGACAGAGGAGACUGUCUACACCUGCACAGGGCACCCACUCAAGUCAGACAUCGCCAACAUUCUGGACUGGAUGUUGAAUCAAGACUUCACCACGGCCUACAGGAAUAUCAUGGAGUUGAAAACUCUAAAGGGGUUGGCAUUACAUGACAUCCUGACAGAGAUACACCUGUUUGUGCACAGAGUUGACUUUCCAUCUUCAGUUCGAAUACAUUUAUUGACCAAAAUGGCAGAUAUUGAGUACAGACUUUCUGUUGGCACCAAUGAGAAGAUACAGCUGAGUUCCCUCAUUGCCGCUUUUCAAGUCACCAGAGACCUGAUUGUCACAGAAGCCUAGAUGCUGAGGACCACUUGCUGCCUAUUCUCAGGCCCAGCAGUGACUGGAAAGCAGGGGACA